AAAGUGUUUCCGCUCAGCCACAACUCCAUUUUGUCGAGCGGUUGGAAAAGUUCUUCUUCAAAAUCUUUAAAACCAGACAUAAACGGGAAUAAUCAUAUCACCCAACAAGGGCUGCUAACGGAAUUGAAAGGAAACAAAGAAGAUGGCGGAAAAACCCAAGCGCAAUAGUCAUUAGCGCAAACAAACAAAAAAAGGCAUCGAGGUGGCCAACACAUUAUCUACUGAGAAAAUAUAUAAUACAGAAGCUGGUAGGACCAAAGAAAUUCUGACUACACACCCUAAAGAAACACACAGUGAAGGGAGUGUCACGCAGCUCGGAGGGUGAAAUGAGCGUGCGCUGCCCAGAUAUGGCAGGAGGCUCUCAGUAAUGACUUUAAAACUCUACUCUGUAAGGAUCAUCUGGGUUCAAGAGAGUUCGUGUGUGAGGUUGCAGAGUCCUGGGGCCUCAUGUUCAAGGACUUGCGUUGAAUUCAUUCUAAAACAUUGCGUACUGACAAAGCUGUAAAUGUGCAUACACAGUAAAAAAAAUCUGAUGCAUGAAACACUGUGUAUGCGGAAUCCCACGCAUAUUCUCUUUGUACAUCCGAAUUAAUGUGAAAUUGAGCGCACGUGCACGAGCGCAAACCCCCUCCCUGCCUCCUCCUCCGUAUAAAUAUGGUAAUGACUCCACUUUGGCAAAACCAAACGAAAAAGCAAUGGCAAAAGCAAGCAAGAAGAGAAACUUCACAGAAUGUGAAUUGGAGGUGCUCCUAUCGGAGGUAGACCAGAGAAAAACUGUGUUAUUUGCAAGUUUGUCCUCCGGAAUUAAUAACAAAAUAAAAAAAAUCUUAGCUGAAAUAAUAUCUUUAAAUACAUCACUUACCAAGAAGCCACCGAUCGCGCACCCUGCCACCUUGGAGCCUCAUCCCAACCAUGCUGUUUGUGAGGAUGAAUGAAUCAUGGGUUGAGCAUUUGAGCAUCACAUAUUUGCACAUUUAUUGAAUGGAAAUGUUUCCGAUUCACGUAUGCAAAUUCGUCUUCAGAUGGCGCAUUUAUAGCAAUGUGCGUGCAGUCGAUCGCUUCGAUUACAUUAGAAAAAUCGGCCAUCGCCGAAAAAUCGGCGCAAAUUGCGCCUUAAUGUUUGGUUGGUCAACUGCAGGGUAUGGAAACCUUACUGUAUAUACCUGCUAGACAUGUGGAUGAUCCCGUCCCAUACAGCUGGCAUUGCACGGCUCAAAGAUGACUGGCUUAACCCCAAGCGGUCUGCCAGUUCCCUUUGGACAGAACCAGUUGCCAGGAAACCAAGCGUUGUCAGCACCUGUAAGGGAACGGGUAAUGCGUGGCUCCUCGCUGUCUCUCUUUCCAAAUUUGGACCCAACUCAGCACAGAGCUUCAAGAGGAUAGCUCUUGGAAAUCUGAAACGGCUAAUAAGCCAGUCAUCAUCGUGGGCCAGAAAAUCACUGUGAUCCCUAAAAACGCGUUCCCUCGAAUUCGGCCAUUGACAAUGUCCUCUAAUAAGGCCAACACUGCCAUUGACAUAGACUAAGGGUUGUAUACAUUUGCAAAUGCUUUUAUAUGUUCUAAAUCACAUAAUUGGUAGAAAAAUAUUGUGUCAAUUAACCCAUUUUAUCAAUUAUAAAUUAAUAGCAAUGUUUUUCACAUGUGUUGGUGCGAUACUUUGUAGUGUGCAAUUUAACAUAAUUGCCUCUAGGAGUCGCCAACGGAAAUAAAACAAACACACACAAGAAAUACGCAUACGCCAGACAUGAAGCUGGCAUGGAAGAAGGCACAUUCUAACGUUAGAGAUACAAGAGAGAUGAUUGUGCUCUUUUUCCCUUACCUUGUUAAGUGUAGCUUUUAAAACUUAGCUAAUGUGCUGGAAUUGUUGAAUUUGAAACCUGACCUUGCAUCAAUCAGUGUUUGUUUUUAAAAAAAAUUGGGUGCAGUGUGUUUAUAUUAUAUUUGUUAAAAUAAAUGUAUACUGUAAAAUCCAAGAUGAGUGUGGGUGACGUGGAACAGAGACAAAAUACUGGUUAAAACGUGCAAAAUGUUUUAUUAAAAAUCAUUCAAGUAAAAUAUCCUUCAAGUAAGAGUUAGAACAGAAAAGUAGCUUUUUGUUCAUCAUAUGUGUGAACAUCCUGUUCGAUCUCUUCAUGUUUCUUUCUUUGUAUCUGUAUCCAAAUUUUAGAUUUCAUCCAAACAUUAAUAGUCUCCUAUACUCUACAUCAAAUUUUUUCCAUUCUUUGGUUGUUUGCUGAUCUUCCAGAACUGUUAGAGGUUACGGCCUGUGUUCCCUCCAGUGCCUGCAAGAAAGUAUAAAAGCAAGAAGCAGAAAUUUAACAACAGUACUGUACAACCAUAACAGCUUGCACAAAUAAUUUCGUCACAGCAAUCACAGGUAACCUGAAAUUGUGUGGAGCUUUUAUGGAUCAUCAGCAUCUCACUUUUCACAAGUAUCUCUGAGAUGUGUUGGUGUAUACAACAGAAAUGUUAUACAAAUAAUAAAGUACCUGUAACUCUAAUAGUUACAGAAGCACAACACUAUUUUUGGCACGUUGAAUAUUAAAUACGAACAUUAUUAAUGCUGUUAAUGAGAAUCCCAUAUUGUUACUGCAUCUCCUAGUAAUUGUCUGUGGAUCUUGUGAUAAUAUUUUAAAUACAUAUAAUAACUUAUGAAAGAUGAUCCUUUUACAUAAGCUCACAACAAAGUUGGCUUAGAAUGUUCAUGUCUGCUUACUUUAAGGCCCCAGAUUAUUUCCCUGUUCAAAAUGCAAAAGAGUAGAUGCGAUGAACUCAAGUGUCUUUGCCCAGGUCAUGAACUCUAUGAGCUAAAACUAAUUAAAAUUAGAUACAAAUAGAUACUUUCCUUUAAAUUUAUAAGACCUUAUGCAUCUCCUGUUAUAAUUAAUAAAAAAAAAAUGACACAUUCAAGCUACUCGUAAACACAAUUUUUAUACGAUUUGGUGGGAAACAUUUACGACACACCUGACAGUCAGGUUACUACAUGAAAUUUUCGUGCAAGUCUAAGGGGCUUUACUGUGGAUCCAGCUGCCACCUAUUAUAACCUUUCAGUUUCUAACACUGUAAGAACACUGUGUGCGCUGCUGUUACUGACGCACUGCUUAACAAACACCUCAAGCUGCUGCUGUAUCUCAAGUUGAAUUCUAAGUAAUAUUCUAUCUAUGUGAAAUUGUAAAGGGCUACACCAGAUAAAUGCAUUAGGCAAUCAUUAAUACGCAAUACUAGAUUUAUUUUCUGCCAAGUGUUUAAAUUCUAAGUGUUGACUCAGUCUGGAAUGAUUCAUUAUCUGUAAUGAAUCCUCCUUCCCAAAGGGGAAAGAGUUUCUCCCUCAGGCGUGACUCCAUUUUGUAAGCUGUUGGAAAAGCUAAAAUGUGUAUUUAAGGCAGAAACGGUGAUAUUAAUGUCAUUAGAGAAACAGAGAUCAGGCUCUUCAGGACCCAGCUGUGUGGUUGUGCAAGUUAUAGUAAUAUUCAAAGAUGGACAGAGAUUAUGCAUCAUCAUCUGCAGAAAAAUGUGUUCUACAGAAGGCAGAAGACGGAAUAGAAAAGAACAUCAACGCUACAGGGCAUGACCCAGAAUCUGCUGCUGUAAAUGAAAUCCAGACAAAGUUCAAAUUAAAUCUGAAGAAGUUGUUUCAAUGGUUAAAUGGAGUGAUAAUAAACUUUGAAAACAGAACACUCUUGAAUGAUAUCUACACAGAGCUCUAUAUCACAGAAGGAGACAGUGGAGACAUCAUUAAAGAACAUGAGGUGAGACAGAUUGAGACAAUAUCUAGGAGAACAACAGGGGAAACACCAAUUAAAUACAACGACAUUUUUAAGCCAUUAUUUGAACAAGACAAACCCAUCAGAACUGUGCUGACAAAGGGAGUCGCUGGCAUUGGAAAAACAGUUACUGUGCAGAAGUUUAUUCUGGACUGGGUUGAAAAUAAAGCAAAUCAGGAUGCCCACCUCAUAUUUCCACUUCCUUUCAGAGAGCUGAACUUGAUGAAGGACCAGAGACUGAGUCUGAUGGAGCUCCUUCAUGUCUGUUUUAAAGAAACAGAAUUGCCCAGUUUGGAAAAGGUUCUGUUCAUUUUUGACGGAUUGGACGAGUGUCGUUUUCUUCUAAAUUUUCAGACCACAUUGAGAGUGUGUGAUGUAACUGAAUCUGCAUCAGUGCCUGUGCUGCUGGUAAACCUGAUUAAAGGGAAUCUGCUUCCCUCUGCUCUCAUCUGGAUCACCUCCCGACCAGCAGCAGCUGAUCAAAUCCCCUCUGAGUGUGUCGAUCGAGUCACAGAGGUACGAGGGUUCAAUGACCCACAGAAGGAGGAGUACUUCAGGAAGAGGAUCAGUGAUCAGAGCCUGGCCAAUAACAUCAUCACACACCUGAAGUCAUUAAGAAGCCUCUACAUCAUGUGCCACAUCCCAGUCUUCUGCUGGAUUUCAGCCGCUGUUCUAGAGAGAAUGUUAGGUAAAGCAGAGAGUGCAGAGAUCCCCAAGACUCUGACUCAAAUGUACACACACUUUCUCAUCAUUCAGAUAAACAUCAUAAGAGAAAAGUACUUAAAGAAGCAGGAGACUAAUGAAAUAUUUCUUAAACUGGGACAACUGGCUUUUAAGCAGCUGCAAAAAGGGAACCUGAUCUUCUAUGAGGAAGACCUAAGAGAGUGUGGCAUUGAUGUAAGAGAAGCAGCAGUGUACUCAGGUGUGUGUACGCAGAUCUUCAGAGAGGAGUUUGGGCUUCACCAGAGUAAAGUGUACUGCUUUGUUCAUCUGAGUGUUCAGGAAUACCUCGCAGCUCUGUAUGUGCAUCUGAUGUUUAGGAUGGAAAACAAAAAUGUUCUUAAAAAGAGUCAAGCUUCAAAAAAGACAAAUGAAGGAAAUAGAAUCAAGGAAAGGAUUACAGUUUUAGAUGUACAUCAGUGGGCUGUAGAUCAGGCUUUAGAAAGUAAGACUGGACAACUGGAUGUUUUCCUUCGCUUUAUUCUUGGUCUCUCAGUGAAGUCCAAUCAGAAACUCUUAAAGGCCUUAGUAACACAGACAGGAAGCUGCUCCCAGCAGACAGAGAAAACGGUUCAGUACAUUCAUGACACGAUCAAUGGAGUUUUACUUCCUAUAGAGAAAUACAUCAAUCUGUUCCACUGUCUAAAUGAACUGGGUGAUAAUUCCCUAGUGGAGGAAAUCCAACACUACCUGAAAUCUGGAAAAAAAAGUGAACUCUCUUCUUCACAGUGGACUGCUCUGGUGUUUGUGUUAAUGACAUCAGCACAGGAGCUGGAAGUGUUUGACCAGCAGAAAUAUACCAGUGCAGAUACGAUAGCAGAUGUCUUUCUUCUGAAGCUGAUGCCUGUAAUUGCAGCAUCCAGAAAAGCAAUUGUCAGGUGUCAUUACAUUGGAGAGAAAAAUUGUUCAGCUCUGGUCUCAGCACUUAACUCAAAAUCCUCCAAUCUGACAGAACUGCAUCUGACUGUGGAGCAAAUGUCUUUCGAUCAUCUAAGAGAAAAUGGAGUAAAGACUGUCUCUGCUGUACUGGAGAAUCCUCACAGUAAAGUGAAGAAUGUGAGAUUGCGCAGUUGUGGUGUCUCGGUUGAAGGCUGUGCUGCUCUGACUUCAGCUCUGAUAUCAAAUCCCUCACACCUGAGAGUACUGGAUCUGUCCAUGAAUAAAGUAGGAGACUCAGGAGUGAAUUGUCUCUGUGAUCUACUGGAGAAUCCUUCCUCUAAACUCGAGACACUAGGGUUAUAUAAGUGUGGUGUCUCAGAUGAAGGCUGUGCUGCUCUGACUUCAGCUCUGAAAUCAAACCCCUCACACCUGAGAGACCUGGAUCUGUCUAAUAAUAAUGUAGGAGACUCGGGAGUGAAGUAUCUCUCUGCUCUACUGGAGAAUCCUCUCUGUAAACUGGAGACACUCAAGUUGUAUGAGUGUGAUAUCUCAGGUGAAGGCUGUGCUGCUCUGGCUUCAGCUCUGAGAUCAAACCCCUCACACCUGAGAGAACUGGAUCUGUCUGACGAUAAUCUAGGAGACACGGGAGUGAAGUAUCUGUCUACUGUACUGGAGAAUCCUCACUGUAAACUGGAGAUACUGUGGUUAUAUAACUGUGGUGUCUCAGAUGAAGGCUGUGCUGCUCUGACUUCAGCUCUGAGAUCAAACCCUUCACACCUGAACCUGCUGGCUCUAUCCAAUAAUAAUAUAGGAGACUCAGGAGUGAAGUGUUUCUCUGCUCUACUAGAGAAUCCUCUCUGUAAACUGGAGACACUCAGGUUGGAGGAUUGUGAUGUCUCAGAUAAGGGCUGUGCUGCUCUGGCCUCAGCACUGAGUUUAAACCUCUCAAACCUGACAGACCUUUAUCUAUCAGGAGAAAAAAUAGGAGACUCUGGAAAGAAGCUUCUCUUUGCUGUUAAGGAUGAUAAACAUUGCAAACUACAAACACUGUGGAUGGGAAGAGAAUCUUUGUGUGAUGAAGACUCCAGUGCUUCUGCAUCUCCAUGUUGUUGUUGUUAGAGAACAUGCGUUCAUCAGUAUACACCAAUGACACUGUGUCUACAUUUUAGUUUACCAUCAGAGAUCAAGGACUGCAGAUAGUAGGGUCUCUUUUUUGUUGCUGUUUUUAGUAUUCAAGUAAGUAAUUCAAACUAGUUAACUAUCGAUAAUAUUGAGUGUCUGAUAAUAUUACAGCUGUGUCAUUUAGGCACAAACAAUUUAUCUCCUCACACCACUGAUUAAAGGUAGUGUGUAUGACUAAUGUGUCAUGGAGAGUAUACAUGAUUCCUGUGGUGGAGAGGAUGCCAGCAUCCUCAAUAACAAAAGCUUGCUGAGGACAUCUAUAUAAGUAUAACUACAGUAUAAGCAUACAGUAUGUAAAAGUAUAUUUGUAUUGGUGCUUAUUCUAAGCUCUCUCUCACGUACAGAUUUCAGUUUUUGCUCUUGCAUUUAAAUUGUGUUUACAUCAUGGAGGGACAUAUGUGAACAGAAUUUUUGUUGAUGUUUCCAUUUUUGUGUCAAAUUCACAUUCAUGCAUUUUGUUUUUGGCCAAGAGACAUCAUAAUAGACAGCACAGAGUGAAUGCAUCUUCAUCAGAAUGUUAUGAUUGGCCUAGACCUCUCUCAUCAGUGCAUUCUGAACUUGUGCAUGUUCAUACUGUUAAUAUCAUUCUGCUUUUACAGAGAACAUUACGGGUAAUGUUAUUUUUUUUUUAUAUUGAUACUGUACUUUUUGAAAAGAUCCUGUUCACACGUAAUCUAAUUACUAACAGUAAUUAACUGGUAAUUUACCAGUAAAGAUGUUAAUAAUAGGCUGAGAGGGCAACUAAAGAAUGUUAAAACUAAGGAGAGCUAAGAGGGCAACUAAAGAAACACCAAACUGUACAGACCAGUUGGCUAAACUUUUAACAAAGCUGACUGGCUCAUCUGCAACCUCUGAUUCGGAUUCAGAGUCAGGCUCUGAAACACACUGUCUUCAGUCAAUCCUCCAAAAUCGUCUGUGCAAAUAGAAUCUAAAUGCUCAUCUAAAAAUUUAAAUCCCCCGGCACUUAGCCACCACUAAAACCACUCUGGAAGCGGUGACGUUACCACCUCGCCUAGCUUAUACUCCUUUAGAGUAUGCUAUAAUGAAUUCGGCGCGCGCAGGAGACAGCUGUGCCCGCAUUGCGCUCGGAUUCUGCAUGACACUUAACUUCAUACCUCGUGUAGAAAGGAGAAUGCUUUGUGGCGUUAAGGCUCCACCCUAAGAAGUGAGGUGAGCUAGGGCAACGUGUUGACGCCGACGGAGGGGUGGUGAUGGUGGUGGCUGUUAGGUGUUCGGUGUCCUGAAACACGGCAGGAGGAACCCAAGCACCUAACACUUUGUCCUGAGGAUACUGGUUUUCCACAGUGCUUCGUCCUUAAGGAGACAUAGCUGGCAGUAGAUUCCCCGCUGCCAGCCUUUCUAAAGGUGCACGAACUUUGACACCUCGGCUACAUGGGUGUGUUAGGUGUUUGGCAUCCUGAACAUAGAAGGAAGGGACCGAACAUCUAACGAUUCACUGGAAACCGCCGUUCUUCGAAACACCAGCGGUGGCAGAGAUUGAACCACGGCCUCCUAAGGAUGCUGGUCCUCUUCAUUGCUUCGUACCUAAAGAGACAUAGCUGGCAGUAGGUUCCCCGCUGCCGGCCUCUCUAAAAAGUGAAGCUCUCAGUAGGUCAGUCUGGUAUGCCUGCAAAGCCAUUGUGUGCAGGGCAGCACCAGGCUGACCCGCUGCCUAAAAAAUUUUCUCCCACCAACGAAGAUGUAACGUAGGCUAAUUGGUGUUUGGCCUGUAGUGUGUGAGUGUGUGUAUGUUGCGAUGGAUUGGCACCCUGUCCAGGGUGUCCCCCGCCUCAUGUCCUAAGUCUCAGUUAGUCUAAAUCCGAGUGGCUGAAGAUUAUGGGCAUCCAAUAUUGUGCCUUGCCCUUGUCCUUUGCAUACAAAGAGUUCUCCUAAUUCUCUGUAUCAAGCGCUUAGUCACAAUAUGAAGGCUGAGGUUCUUUUUACAGAUGUUUAAUCUGCUCAUUGACACAGUAGAACUAAAUAAACAGGACAAAUAUAACAGAAAUCAGUUAAACAUACAAUUACACAGAAUACAUGCAUACAACAUUAAACUCAGAAAUUAACAAAAAAUAUCGUCACAUACCACUUUUGCCUGCUUGUGAGCUAAGAGAGGGGUUUAUCUUAAAGCUUCUUGGUUGGAUGGCUUACAUUCAUCAAGAGAAAAUUCUCUACACCUGCACACAACACCAUCUCUCGUCUCCUUAUGCCGAUGACAAAACAGAAAAAUGCAAUAUGGGAAGAAAAUAAAACAUGACCAAAGUUUUUGUAUCUUAUUUAAACAAACUGAAUAAAAAUUACAAGUAACAUUAUGAAAUAUUAUGUAUUGUAUAAGAUGAUAUAUUUAAAGUCUUUGAAAUGAUACAUGGAGAAACAUUAUUCUCAAAUUGUUUGUCAAUUUAGAGAUGCAACUUUUUUCACAGAUAUUCACAGGAGAAUCUCUGCCCAUUUCUCUAAGAUGCUCCUUUUGGACACAGUCAUAUUAUUGAUUAGUAAAAAUUGACCAAUGAGUUGUUAAAACCUGGAGGCAUU